CCCCUGAGUCGGGCCCGCUACCCCAACCUGGCCAGAUGAGCACGUACCAGACGCACGUAUUCGCUCCGCCCGUCACAGGCGCACCAGGCGCAAUGAGAAGGUCCAAGCUUCCGCUUGGAUCAGCUAGCCAACCCACGCUCGAAAGUCCGCCCAGCCUCGCGCAAAUCCCCACCGCACCACCGGCUGUGACGGUCUCUGCUCCGCUAGCGGAGGUAGCGAGCGAGCCUGUCCGCACAGGAUCGACUUUCCCGGGCACCAACGCACAAGGCCAGCGGAUAUGUCGGCAGUGCGGGCUUCCCGGACGCUACAAGGACGGCAAGUGCGUCGAAAAAUGGGGUCCGGGGCCAGAGGGGCCAGGUACUGUCUGCGACCGGUGUCGCAAGAAGAUGAAACGCGUCGAGCGCAGAGGCACGCUCGAGUCGCAGCAGCAGCUCGCCGCGCAGCAGUCACAGUCGCAGACCCUCCCGUCCCACCACCCCUCCGCGCGCCCGCCGCAUCCGCUGCAGGCCCAGGUCACCGCGCCCUCUGUCGACCGCGAACGAGAGCGGGGUAUUGCCCGCUCGGACACCAUGCCCGUCUCGCACGGCGGCGGCAUCGGCCCCGGCGGCACGCAGCUCCUCUCGUCUGCGCCUGGGCCGUACGACCGCGAGCGCUCCGAGCGCUCGAGAGAGCAGACGCGCUCGAGGGUGGAGCAUCUGCGCAAGGAGGACGAGCAUAGUCGCGAGCGCGAGUUGCGGGAUAGGGAACGGAGCCGGGAUAGCCGCGAGGCCGGCGGUCCCAGGCCUGGGUCGGCUGCCAGCGGUGCGGGCAGCGGGGGCAGCGGCACGCGGCGGACGCCGCCGAGUCCACCGGCGAUCGCGACGCUGCAGCCACAUGCAGACGCGGACGGAGAGGACGAGAACGAGAAUGAGAAUGAGAGCGAGGGCACGGACGAGAAGCCGCCGAGGGAGUCGCAUGUCCGGUCGACGUCUGCGCGGGAUUCACCGCGCGUGGGGCCUGGUGCAUAUGGCGCAAAACGAGCCUCGCCGCCGCUCAGCAACCGCAGCGCGGACGCGGACGGCGACGCAGAGGGCGACGUGGACGCAGACGAUGACAUUCUCGCCGCCGUCGACGCUGCCGAGCAGUCGAAAUCGUUCAAGGACGAGGACAUGGCCGAUUGAUCGACUCUCGUCUCGCGAUACGCUCGCAUGAUGCGAUGCGACCAUAGGACAGAUUCCGCGUAUCCCCAGCUUUCCAACAACCUUGCUUUUACUGCCUUCCUAUACGUAACUUAUGGCGCUAUCCACUCCUUGACGGAAAAAGAGAAGAAAAACUUCCAAUCGUACGGAUACUUUGCACUAAUUCUUUGAUCCACUCGAACCUGCACAUUCACCUCUAUAGCCAUAACCACCGGGAUACAUUCUUACAGAAUCUUCGCUUCUUCAUUUUUUUUUACAUUGGCCGUCGACGUUUACGUUUAGAUAUGAUGUGCUGCUGCUGUCCACAACGAACCAAC